AGUCGUUUGUGAUUGUUGCUAUGCAGAUUUAGGGUCAUUCUGCAGCCGCGAAUCCUAUUAAAAGCGGGCUUUUCGCUGUUUAGUGAGUAUUUAAUCUGAAAUGGAGCAGCCGUAGCCGCGGUUCUGUUAGCUGUCCGCGCUUCUUCCAGCCCCGGUACCGACUAUUUCCUGAAGAAUUCGUGAAGCAUUCGGACCUAAAAUCGCCGAUUGAGGCUCCUCUUGUGUGCAGCGUUUCGCCGUGGAUCGGGGUGUUUCCAUAACAACACACAGUUGACGAGCUGGCGCAGGUUGUGGGCUGUCCGUGGACAAUGCGCGACAGUGGCGGUAGCUUGGCCCAGAACCGCUGGCAGGGAGAUCUGGGCCUGACUGCUGUGGGGCAGGACGGCACCGGAGGAGGUGGGAUUCCUGGAGACCACCUGAUCGUCCCGGUGUCCGGCCACAGCGUUUCCAGCCCCAUGCAGCUCAGGCUGGGCCAGAAGGAGAAGCUGUGGACGGGCGAGUACAUAGAGGAGGAGGAAGAGGAGGAAGAGGAUGGAAUGGAAACGAUGGGCGACGAGGAAGAGAUAACAGAUGUGUACUCGGAGGACAUGGGGGAGUUUGAGGCCAAGGCCUGGAAGGACAACGGGAAGGAGGAAAUCAAAGACGUGGAAGUGGAGGAGAGCCAGAAGACGUUGGAGUGGGAGGUCCCAGACUUUCCAUCCCAGUCCUCCCAGCACCUUCAUGUACCGCAGCAUCACGGAGCAGAAGAGAUGCCGGAUCACUCCAGUGAGGUCGGAGAAGACGACCUUUUCUCCGCAGGUGCAGCCAGGAAGCCCCGCCCCAGAAGGCACCGGGUUCGGAGGGGCAGGCACGUUCGGUCCUAUCAGGCUCUCGGACUUCUGCUUGCCCUGCGCUGGCGGACCCGCUGCAAGAGGCGCCGGCUGACCGGCUCACAGAGGCUGCGGUGCUCCAACUUCUCCAGCAGGCGGAGGAAGAUGAGAAGAUACGAGCAGGCUCCCUACAGCGAGGAGGAGGACAGCAGUGAGGAGGUGUUCACAGCCUCCUGCAGAGACAAGCAGAUGAACGGCCCUUCCUCACACAAGCUGCACGAAGGAGGACGGCAGGCGGUGGAGGCCAAACCCGUGGAGGUGGCGCUGAGCGAGGAGCACACCAGCUGUGUAACCGGGAUCCUGCAGGAGUGUCUGCAGCAGUACGGGAGUCUGAUCCCCGUGCACAUAGACGACGUGGUGGAAAAGCUGCAGGACCUUUUCAAGGAGAACUUCUCACAGCCUCACAGGAAAGCCAUGGUCCAGCACCUCAUGCAGUCCUUCCAGCGCACGUCAGGAUCAGCCGUGGCCAAAACCUUCAGAGUCAACUACAAGAGGCACGUUCUGACCAUGGACGACCUGGGCACGCUGUACGGACAGAACUGGCUCAAUGACCAGGUGAUGAACAUGUACGGUGACCUGGUCAUGGAUUCUGUUCCAGAUAAGGUCCACUUCUUCAACAGCUUCUUCUACGAUAAGCUCAGGACAAAAGGAUAUGAAGGAGUCAAACGGUGGACGAAGAACGUGGACAUCUUUCAGAAGGAUCUGCUGCUGAUUCCCAUCCACCUGGAGGUGCACUGGUCUCUAGUCAGCGUGGACAUCCAGCGUCGAGCCAUCACCUAUUUUGACUCGCAGCGCACCCUCAACAGGCGCUGUCCCAAGCACAUUUUUAAAUACCUGCAAGCUGAAGCUGUCAAGAAGAACCAGCAGGACUUCUUGAGUGGCUGGAAGGGCUUUUUUAAAAUGAACGUGGGGCGCCAGAACAACGACAGUGACUGUGGAGCGUUUGUAUUGCAGUACUGCAAGUGUCUGGCUCUGGGGCAGCCCUUCAGCUUUGGCCAGCAGGACAUGCAGCGGCUCCGAAGGCAAAUGUACAAAGAACUGUGUCACUGCAAGCUCAUCCUGUGACCCGACGGCGAGGAGGCUCAGCACGGAGCGGGGGGACAACGGAGUCUGGACGUUUGGAAGUCGAUCACGUGACGCUGUUGGUCGACCCUCCUCCGCUCACCCCUCGGACUCUCUCAUCGGUUGUUUUACUGUUUGACAGUUGGGACCCCGCCUUCAUUCGGGGUCGGGUCCGGAUGUACAGACCGUCACAGGUGGCUGGUCCUGUGGGGGGGAGGUGGACCCGUAGGUGUGAUCAGGAAGUGGUGGUCUUCUGAAUCCUCCCUUCUCUCGGGACACACCCCCAAACAAAAAAGGAGCGUCCUGGUUCAGAGACGGUUCUUCAGGUGGUCAUGAUGAGGUUCGAGGCCUCGAGUUCUUCUGGCCUUUGCCACAAGCUCCGCCUCCAUUACCUGUCUGAGCGAACUUGGAGAUGGAUCCGCCUGAGAGCAAGCAGGACUCCGAGGGCCGACAGUACAUCGCAUUUAUCUUUAUACUGUGUUUUAUUGCUGUCAGUGAACAUGUGAUAUGCUUUUUUUGUUUUACCAAUGUUUCCAGGACAACUCUGUGUUGCUUUGGCUGAGUACAAUGUUAUGUUGACUAUUUGUUCAAAGAGAAGCCAUUCUGGUAAGGACCACAGCAGGCGCGGCACGUCCACCACGGAGCUGCAGCUUUUUUUUUUUUUUUUUAAAUAAAGAGGAACGUGUGCAGAGUCUUCUUCCUUGUUUCUUCUGCACAGACGAUGCAGGCUUGCUUUCUGUGGUCAGGACGCAUUACGUUGCUAAAAUAAAAGUUGAUGGCAAACACUGUGUAUUUGAUGAGAGAUGCUCCCAUAACACCAGCAUCCCUUAAAGUUUGGAUUUUAAUCUAGUUAUUGUUGCCAUAUUUAGUCCUAGCACCAUACUAUUGCAGUUUUCAGGCCUUGUGAAGCUUCAGGGUUUUAGUUCACUUUUGAACAUAGAUGAGGUGUUUUG